GGAACACAAAGUUCGGUUAUUUCCGUCAUUACUCGUAGCUCUCCGGUAGAGGGAUUCAACACCGCCCGGAGUCCAGCAGCAGAGCCAGCAGUACCGAGUGGUGCUGACUGUUGAGUGCCUGCCGAGCGGUGUGGAGUGUCGUUAAGUUGUUGUGCAGUAGUAAAGUUUAUACAGAUUCUUUCGUCUAAUUUCAACUAAAUUAAAAUUAUUCAUUCACGCACUAACAUUGAGUAAUGACUUUCGGUGAAAUUAAUAAUCCAGACUUACGUCUGAUGAUGUUCAUACUACCGUGAAAAUUCAGUGUAUGAGUCAAUGAUCCUUUUGAAUUAACUCCACCCACUCAAACACCAUAAAUAAUAUUUAUCAGUGAUAAAGCAUUUUUAAAUCCCAACACGUGAAUUAUUUAUCUGGAGUUAUUAUUUGUUGGAUAUUUCUUUUAGUUUAUUGUGAUUCAGGCUAUGUGUUAUAGUAAAAACUAUUAAAUCCUGGAUUCUGGAGAAAAUGAUGGGUGUUAAGAUGCUGCCGCAAACGCCUGAGAUUAUAACUACUUCUCUUAAUCAGCAAAAGUGUGUUAAAGCUCGUGCUCUUUAUGAUAACAUCGCUGAGGCCCCUGACGAAUUGGCUUUUCGUAAAGGAGAUGUUCUUACCGUUUUAGAACAGAAUACUUCAGGUUUGGAAGGAUGGUGGCUUUGUGCUCUUAGGGGAAGGCAGGGAAUAUGUCCAGGAAACAGAUUGAGGCUGCUAGUGGGUCAGUACGAUACUGGAUGCCUUGGGGGCAGCAGAGCAGACCUCACCCUCAAUGAAGAUGGAUUACAACGCCAUGGAAAACGACGUAGUUGGCACGUGCAGCCAAAUAGAGUGGUAACUCCUCAAAAAUGUGGAGACGUAUACCUAUAUGAUUUACCAGUCAAUCGAGCAAGUCCUGCACCACCCUCAAGACGAGAUUCGCCACUUAACUCCACUGAUCAUCUUCAUACAGCACGAUUGUCAUCUGGACAGCAGAGUUCAAUAGACAGUGGUGGAGAUGUGAGUGAUUGCUAUGAUGUUCCACCAAGAGCAACUCCAGUUAUACCAUCACCAGCAAGCAGUCCGAGUCCGGCGCCGUCUUGUUACGACACUCCGCGACCACCGACAUCAUGCACACCAAAUUCUAAUUGCUCUGGUUCUGGUAUUACACCUCUCGACUGCUACGAUAUUCCUCGACCACUUCAACCACUUACGCCAAGUAGUUCUGCAUCGAGUCUCACCAAUGAUGGUUCUCUCAGCAGCUCUAAUAGAUCCAGUUUGACAGCACCAGACUACGACAUUCCUCGACCACGUCUUUCAUCAACCUCCAAGUAUAACACAACGAUUCAAAAAACCCCCACAACUCCACCACCAUCAUCUCAAAUAGUUCAACAACAUCAGCAACAGAUUUAUGAUGUACCUGUUAAUAAAGAGCUUCCUUUAGAGCUGGACUCUGCAUUGGAAGGCCUUGAAAAAUUACAGAGUGAAGCAUCUGCUGCUGUAGCAAGAUUGCUAGGCUUUGUUAGCCCAGGAUGGAGGACUCCUCAACGUCUAGAUGUAACACUGAUGGAUUUAAGACUUGCAGCUUUGAGGCUUAGAACAUCACUUCAUGAUCUAGCAGAAUUUGCCGAAGGUACUUUGGGUAAUGCCAGUAAAGCUCCAGACAAAGGCUUGGUAGCUAAAUUUAGACCACUGGUCAAAGCACUCCGAGACUCAGAUAAGCUAGUUAAAGAAGCGGCUACUAAGUUGGACGUUAUGGAAUGGGACGCUAGUAAAUUGUGCCGAGGUGACAGUGAUACACAGAUUUCUACAAAUGGCCUAUCACCUUCCCUCAUUCCUACAAUUCAACCUGACCCCCUUGAUCAAUUGAUUGCGUGUGCAAAAGCUCUUACUGAAGACGUUCGACAAAUCGCUAGUUUCAUUCAGGGUAACUCGACACUAUUAUUCAAAAGAUCGUCCAUCAUAUCGACCAGUACUACAGGGAAUAACACUGAAGACGACGACUAUGUAAAUCUCGACUCUCGUGAGACUGUAGUAAAGCAAAGAGAAGAGUUACGAGCAACAUUGCCUCCAGAACUUCGCAGUAGUUACGACCUAUUGGUUUCCGAAGCUGAUAACGCGGCUAUUCAAACCCCAUUAUCUACACCUACACCUAUGGACCCCAAUGAUAAACAACUGCUUGCAUUCUAUGUCGCACAAGUGAUAACACACGGUGCUCAUUUAACUCAUGCCAUUGACGCCUUUCUCCAGACUGUUGAACACAAUCAACCGCCAAAAGUUUUUCUAGCCCACGGCAAAUUCGUUGUACUCAGUGCACACAGACUAGUACACAUUGGCGACACAGUACAUAGAAAUGUAACACGGAAUGACGUCAAAACAAAGGUACUCGAAUGUGCAAAUGCUCUGAGUGAAGCGCUCGCACAAACUGUAUUGAAGACAAAACAGGCAGCACAAUUUUUUCCAAGCGUAACAGCGGUUCAAGAGAUGGUCGAUAGUGUUGUUGACGUAUCUCAUUUAGCUAAGGACCUUAAAGUGGCCAUGAUCCAUGCUGCCCAACAACCUUAAAACACUUAAUCAGAUAAAUAUGACUUCAAUCUAAGAUUAAGUCAUUUGGGCAUACAAAUUUAUUAUUAAAAAGCCACGCUGUACCUCAUCCUGUUCUUAUAUUUAUGAUAGCUUUUCAGUGGCCUAAGGAUUUGUGUAUUAAAUAUAUUACACAAGACCCAUUACUGCCAAAGUAUAUGUAAUAAUGAUGAACAAUUAUAAAAGCCUUGUUGAUAGGUAGAAUGUAGUUGACUCAUGAUAACUAUUGGAAAUGUACGAUAAAAUUUAUGAAAAGUACCCUUCCUUGUGUCGCAAUAUUGAACAUUGAUGUAUUGAAAUAGUGACAUGGCAAAGCUUUAAAAAAGUUUUUUUAAACAAAGUACUAAACAAAAAAAAUGAGAGCCAAAAAAUUCUACCAUCGAUAUUUUUCAUUAAUAAAUGUUAAAAUUUUUUUAUACAAGUUUUAAGCCGAACUUUUGUUGUUGAGUACGGCAGUUUUAUGAAAUAUAAAUUCUUAUAGGUCUUUUUUAGCAGCAAAUAACAACGAUAAACACUUAAAAAAAAACAUGCAGCUGCAAGACUUUUAAAAAAUGCAGUUUUGACUGAUUUUAUAAAACUUUAUAUCAAAAUCACAUUAUCCUUCCAUGAAAUCUAAUUAUCAGAUUUUUUAACAAAGCUUGCAAUAAUAAUGGUAAUAAUAAUUGAUUAUUAUUAAUGAGUUAUUUGCAGUCAAUUUUGUAAGAUAUUCAAUAAAACUGAAUUUUUAUAGGUAUAUAUUUAGGAAGCUAAAUGUAUGGAAAGUGCUAAGCACUAUAAUUCAUAUCGAAUAAUUAUAUGCGUGUUAUGUACACUUAAUGUCUAGUACUUUUAGUGAUUGUAGUAUAAAAAAAUUAUUUAUUUAGAAAAUUAUUAAAAUGUUUUAUUUAAAACAUGUCUUUCUUAUAGCAAAUUACUUAAUUUUACUUAUAUCAUUUCUUUGUAAAUAAUCUUAGUUAUUAAUAUUCUUGAUAAAAAUAGCAACAUCAAGGUAACAAAGUUACAGUAUAUUGAAAUAAUGUGCAAUCAAAAGACUAUGCUUAUAGUAAACAGGAUAGAUUUGGGAAAUGAAAAAUAAAUAAAAACUUACUACGACGGA